UCCCCGCCGCUUCCCCCGCAGCUCCGGGCCCGGCUCCGCCAUGGGCGCCGCUCGCUGCUCCCGGCUGCUGCUGCCGCUGCCGCUGCUGCUGCUGCUGCUGCUGCUGCUGGCGCCGUGGGGGCCGCGUGUGUCGGGGGAGCCCCGCUCGGCGCGGCGGCGCUGGCCGGUGCCCUACAGGCGCUUUGAUUUCCGUCCCAAAACCGAUCCUUACUGCCAAGCUCGCUACACCUUCUGUCCCACUGGCUCUGCCAUCCCGCUUAUGAAAGAAGAGGAUGUCAUUGAAGUGUAUCGACUACAGGCUCCAGUAUGGGAGUUCAAGUACGGGGACCUGCUAGGACAUUUGAAAAUUAUGCAUGAUGCCAUGGGUUUCAAGAGCUCUCUAACAGGCAAAAACUACACAAUGGAGUGGUAUGAGCUCUUCCAACUUGGGAACUGCACAUUUCCACAUCUGCGGCCUGGCAUGGAUGCACCGUUCUGGUGUAACCAGGGAGCUGCCUGCUUUUAUGAAGGAAUAGAUGAUGCACACUGGAAGGCAAAUGGAACUUUAGUUCUUGUGACCACAAUAUCAGGAACCAUGUUUAAUGAAAUGGCACAAUGGGUAAAAUAUGACAAUGAGACUGGCAUUUACUACGAGACCUGGACAGUUCAAGCAAGUCCUGACAAAAAGUCAACAGUGUGGUUUGACUCUUAUGAGUGCUCCAAGUUUAUACUGAGAACCUACCAGAAGCUAGCUGACUUAGGAGCUGUAUUUAAGAAGAUACAAACAAACUACACCAGCAUAAUUUUAUUCAGUGGAGAACCUAUUUAUUUGGGGAAUGAAACAUCUAUUUUUGGACCACAAGGAAACAAGACACUGGCAGCAGCUAUAAGAGACUUUUACAAUCCAUUUAAACCUCAUCAGAGUGUCAGAGAGUUUUUUGUGGAUCUUUUCAAAAUAAUUGAUCGUGUUAUCUUGAAUCAUCAGUUUUACCUCUUCUACAACUUGGAAUACUGGUUUUUACCUAUGAAAUCCCCUUAUCUCAAAAUAAUUUAUGAAGAGGUCCCUUUGCCUGUUGGAAGCAAGGCAUCCUCUGGUGUAUGACUGCCUACUGAAGAACAAAGCUUGCCUUUAUGGCAAAAUAUUCUUAAGGAUUUUGGAGCACUACCAUGAUGGUGUGAAAGGGUUGUAUGUUUCACUGCUGACUGUAAAAAUUGUAUUGGGAAGGCUUUGCUGUACCAGGUGAAAGACUCUGCCUGUAUAACACAUUCAUGAACGCUUCAGCAUCUCUGACCUGCCAGCUUCUGUGUAAGCACGGCCCCCUGCUGCCUGAGGGGAGACUGCAGUGGCUCCUCUGGCUGAGCUCUGCAGUGCCAGAGGGGGAAUGGGGAGGCAGCUGCCUGCUCUUGGCUUAGGUGUGCUUCACAUGCAUGGCCACGUGGCAGCAGAUGGCACCUGGCCACCAGCAGAGGUGGGACACAAGUUACAAGGACUAACUCGCUCAAUAUGAGUGUCUGGAUGUGUCCAGUUCCUUCAACAUGUGCCUUACACUGAUGUUCCUGUAGUUCUCUGGUUUGUACAGCUGGGGCCUAUGAACUGUUCUCUGGUAUUCUGGGGCAGUGAGUGUACUGGAGGAUGGCAUGGGUGAUGCUUUUUCACCACUUUGCUUCCUUCAGCUGCACUGUAAACACCAUACAGAUGGCUCUUCUUCAGUUUCAUGUGUGUUCUGUGACACAGAUAAAAGCCAAACUGUCUGCCUUGAUGUCGACUCAUGCCUAAUUGCAGUGUUCUACUAUCCAGUCUACUAUCUUAAAGUCUACUUGAGACUUCAGUUGGGUCAGUUUUGUAGAACUUGCAUAUAUUCCUUUCAAAUUUUUUUAAAAAUCAUAGAAAUCUUAAUAUUACAUUGGCAUCAACAUUGGAGUUUAAAAUCCAUGCUUGUCACAGAGUUGUCUCUAAAAUGUGACUGCAGCCUCUUGCUGGCAGUAAUGUUUGCAGUAGUGGUGCUGUGCCAGCUGUGCUGUCCUUGAGUUCUGUUCCAGGCUCAGCUUAGAGCACUUUGGCAACUACUUAGUUCCCUUUAAACCCAAGGGACCAAAGCCAGAGGAACACUGGAAACUACUGAGGUGCCUGCACACUGAAAAACCACAGCUACAGCAAUGUAAUCAUCUCCAAGUGUUCCCUGCUCACUUGGAUGUUUUUUUUAAACUAGCUGUGGGAUGAAUAGUGCUCCUGCAGAGGUUAUAGCUGCCUUGUGGCCAAGCAGAAACACAGGAACACAACUCUGCAGUUUCAUUUGGUUUGAGCCAAGCUAAUACCCUGCUGCAGCCAGGUAGGAGAGUACACAGUGCUUGGAUUCAAAUAAUAAGAAUGGCAGAAAAUUACCCUUGUAUUCAGAAAGUCACUACAAUUAAUUAGUUGAAAUGCAUUAUCAUGUAAUGGGAGAAGAAUGAGAGGAUGAGCACACCUCUCUUCAAGUUGCUACUUCCACUGGUAGGUGAAACUUCAUCUUUUACCACAGACUGAAAGACUUGAGUCUUUUUAGCCAAAGUCACAGGCCCUUGUGACUGAGCUCAGCUUUGGAUUAAGACACUGUCAUGGUUUCACCCCAGCCAGCAAUCGAGCACCCACACACCACCACCAGGAAGGUAAUCCAGGAGGCUCUAGGAAAGUCAAAGGGGCUGCAGCAGGCCUGUCUACAGAAGUUACAUUCUCAUUGGUGCAUGUUUUUAUGUCUCUGAAACCCUCAAUGUUGUUAAACCUGCUUUUGUCUUCCCAGGAAAAAGCCUCAGCAUCACAAACCACUGUUCAAAGCUCUGAAGGGGAAAUAGGAUCACAGAACCAAGCCAGUGAUGUGGGGAUUCCUCCAUGCAGUCACAUGUGUCUGUUUCACACUUUGAACACUAUCCUCAGUUUAAAGGUACUAAUUGCCAAUGCAGGAGUUGCCUUUUAUAUAACAUACAUGCGUUCCUUCUGAGGCCAGUAUUUAUUAAAGCGCUCUCGCGUUCUUUGCUUCUCUCA